UUAACCUUCAAGUGCGCGGCACCUCCGUAAUAUGAAGCUAACCCCCUAAUCUAUAGCCUUUGGUAACAUUGUUAAGUGAUAAUCGGUGAUCAGCAGUGACAUUAAAACAGUUUAACCUUUAUUAACCAACAUGAACAAAGAGCAACUUACAUACACCCCCAACUAUUGGUUUGUGUCCAAGUUUUUAUUAUUUUUGUCGGCUAAGUGAGGAGAAUGUGUACAAACUCUUAGAAUACAUGGAGGAAUCCUACUCAGCAAAUAGCGCGUAUGUUGUAUUUGUGUCCAACUUAAACAGAUCUGUUGGCCUGUUCUCACAAGUGAAAGGAGAUCCGCAGAUGGACUAUUUCAUAGUAUGGGAUUAUCAUGUGUUUCUUAUUCUUGGAAGCGUGUCUAAAUAUGUCGUAUAUGAUUUUGAUUCGCUACUACCCUUCCCUACCCCAUUUGUUCAGUAUUUUACCCAUGGAUUACGGUGGAAUAGCUGUCUACCAGAAAGACUGCACAGAUACUUUCGCGUUAUCCCAGGUGUUGACUACUUAAAUCACUUUUCAUCAGACCGUAGUCAUAUGCAACGCGAGGAUGGUAGCUGGGUGUCUCCACCACCCUCUUAUGAUCGCAUACGGGGAAAAAGUUCAGUUUCACGUCAUACUUUACCCUUCUACUGGGAUAUGAAAAUUGAUGCGAUUGAUCAGAACUCACUGUCAACCACUGAUAUUUAUGGCUGUGUUUUAACUGAAGGUGAUUUCUUCGGGAAAUUUUCAGACAACUAGUUCAUUGCUUCUUUUUUUCGUCCAAAUAUAUGAUGAGAGAUAAAA